AUGCAGGGGCCCGAGCCUGUGUCCAGCAUGAAAGUGUCAGAGAGCGAAGGCAAGCUGGAGGGCCUGGCUACGGCCGUGACCCCCAACAAGAACAGCAGUCACAGCAGCUGCUGGGGGCUGGGCAUCAGUAGCAGCAGCAGCAGCUGUAGCAGCAGCAGCCGCGGUGGCGGUGCCAAAGGCUGGCAGUACAGUGAUCACAUGGAAAAUGUCUAUGGCUACUUAAUGAAGUACACCAAUCUUGUCACUGGGUGGCAGUACAGGUUUUUUGUUUUAAAUAAUGAAGCUGGGCUCUUGGAGUACUUUGUGAAUGAGCAGUCUAGAAAUCAGAAGCCCAGAGGUACUUUGCAGCUUGCAGGAGCUGUAAUAUCACCGAGUGAUGAAGACUCUCACACCUUCACUGUAAAUGCUGCCAGUGGGGAACAUUAUAAACUCAGAGCUACAGAUGCUAAAGAGCGACAACAUUGGGUUAGCAGACUUCAGAUUUGUACGCAACACCACACUGAAGCCAUUGGGAAGAAUAACCCUCCUCUGAAGUCACGGAGCUUCUCACUUGCAUCUAGUGGUAAUUCUCCUAUAUCCCAGAGGCGACCAAGUCAAAACGCCAUUUCUUUGUUCAAACUACAAUCAGUGGGCAAAAGAGCCCACUUACCUCCUGACCAUCUUGUGGAAGUCAGAGAAAUGAUGUCUCAUGCUGAAGGACAACAAAGAGAUUUAAUUAGACGAAUUGAAUGCCUUCCUGCUUCUGGCCAUCUUAGUUCCUUGGACCAGGACCUCUUAAUGCUUAAAGCUACUUCUAUGGCAACUAUGAACUGCUUAAAUGAUUGUUUUCAUAUUCUUCAGUUGCAACAUGCCUCCCAUCAGAAGGGCUCAUUGCCUCCAGGAACGACAAUCGAGUGGUUAGAACCAAAGAUCCCUUUACCAAAUCACUAUAAAAAUGGAGCUGACCAGCCCUUUGCAGCUGAGCAGAAUAAACCAGCAGCAGUUCCUGAAGAGCAGUGUGCUGCAGAAUCUGGACUAUUAGCAGGGGAACCAGAAGAAAUAAAUACAGAAGAUGAGGUGGAGGACACAUGUGACAACAAGGAGGAUGACUUGGGAGCUGUGGAAGAGCAACGUAGUGUUAUUCUACAUCUCCUGUCGCAGCUCAAACUGGGCAUGGACUUAACCAGAGUGGUGCUUCCUACUUUUAUCCUAGAGAAGCGUUCCUUGCUGGAAAUGUAUGCAGACUUUAUGUCACAUCCGGACCUAUUUAUAGCCAUCACUAAUGGAGCCACAGCUGAGAACAGAAUGAUUCGGUUUGUUGAGUACUACCUUACCUCCUUUCAUGAAGGCCGAAAGGGAGCCAUCGCAAAGAAACCAUACAAUCCUAUCAUUGGAGAAACAUUUCACUGUUCCUGGAGGAUGCCGAAAAGCGAGGUAGCAUCCAGUGUCUCUAGCAGCUCUUCCCUUCAGCCUGGUACAAAUCAGGCUCCUCUCUCAGAGGAGGCUUUGAGCCAGGUGGAGUCAGACUGUUAUACAGUCAGAUUUGUUGCUGAGCAGGUUUCACAUCAUCCUCCUGUCUCAGGAUUUUAUGCAGAAUGUGCAGAGAAGAAGAUGUGUGUCAAUGCUCAUGUCUGGACUAAGAGCAAGUUCUUAGGCAUGUCAAUAGGCGUGACAAUGGUUGGAGAAGGUAUCCUCAGUCUAUUGGAACAUGGAGAAGAGUAUACGUUUUCUCUGCCUUGUGCAUAUGCUCGAUCAAUUUUAACUGUUCCCUGGGUAGAACUGGGUGGCAAAGUCAGUGUCAACUGUGCAAAAACUGGAUAUUCAGCCAGCAUCACUUUCCAUACUAAGCCUUUCUAUGGUGGCAAACUGCAUCGGGUUACAGGGGAAGUGAAGCAUAAUCUCACCAACACUGUGGUGUGCAGAGUACAAGGGGAAUGGAAUAGUGUUCUUGAGUUCACUUACAGCAGUGGAGAGACCAAGUAUGUGGACUUGACUAAAUUGGCAGUGACCAAAAAAAGAGUAAGACCUCUCGAGAAGCAGGAUCCAUUUGAAUCCAGACGCUUAUGGAAAAAUGUGACAGACUCACUGAGGGAAUCUGAAAUUGAUAAGGCCACAGAGCAUAAGCGUACCCUGGAAGAACGCCAGCGGACGGAAGAAAGGCAUCGAGUGGAAACAGGCACACCCUGGAAAACAAAGUAUUUUAUUAAAGAGGGAGAUGGCUGGAUUUACCAUAAGCCCCUUUGGAAAAUAAUUCCGACCUCACAAACUGCAGAGUGACACAUGAUAGCUAAACCAAAGGAGGUUCUUCUGUUUACCCUCAACCCUCCCAGAAUGGAGUCAUUGCACUGAGCGACCUGCUUCCUGAUUGCACAGACUGAAAUUAGGUAAACAUGAAUGUACCUUUUAGACCUCCAUAGGACUAUCACAGACCAAAGUGUUCGAAGAAGCACGAUGGACCUCUCACCUCACUGUUCACGUGAUGUGAGCAAUAUCAUCUUGAAACCUUUUACCUGAAUUAUUAGGUGAUUAAUCUUUUUUCCAUUCCUAUUCCUAAAGCUAACUUCAAACCCCCUAUUUUUGCUCGGGGGCAACCGAUAUAUACAGCAGUGAGAGCUCAGUGAUUUUUAUUUCUUUAUAGUGAGAAGUGAAGUCUCUUUCUGAGUUUGUGCUUUGCUUUCUGUCAGUAACUGAAGUAUACACUACUCUUAUAAACAAACCAUGAAGAGGAGAAAGAUGACCUAGAAGUGGAUUCAUCCAUUGUGCCUGAAAUCAGUGUUAAAAAUCAACCUAGUGGUAGUAACAAGGCAUCUGUUCUUUCCAAAAAGACUGCAUCCAUAUGCCCGAGGAACUUGUUCAUUUUCCACCUCUGGAACUCUCUUUUAGAAAAUAUAUUUAUAAAUUGAUUAGAAUUAUAACCAUGAAGAAUUUUUUCUUCUGAGAAUUUUAAUAUACUUGAAAAAAUAUUGACUUGAAAAUUUUCAGAACAAUUUUCAAUAGCUUGGUUUAUUAAACAUUAUACUCAAAAGACACUUUUAAAAAUGUGUUCAUGUCAAUGUAAGAUUUGAACAUUUCUGAGGAACUGAGGCAUUAAAGAACAUAGUAAAUAUUAAAAGAUGAAACUGUUACUAUUUUCUUCUUACCUUGUUUUUUCACUUAUAGGUUGAUAUCCAGUAUUAUGUGCUAUCCCUCUGGAUAAGUAUGCUUUGUCUUACCUGUGGUUGUUCAGAAUUUACAACAGCUAUUCAUACUUGUCAGUAAUUCAAAAGUUAUAUACGUGACUAUCACAUGUAAGGAAGGUAUGAAGAUCGUGUGUAUGUGGGGGGCACUUGGUGUAUUUGUGGGUAUUUUUUUUCCCCCAAGGAAACUCAAAUGCUGAAUAAAGUAUGUAAUAAAAAAUUAUCAGGAUCUAAAAGAUAUCAGGAAGUUGCUUUCAGGUACAAUUAUUUUUUAAAAAUAAGUAUUUUACUGAGGUUGAAUUACUGGCAAUGAAAAGAAUAGUGCUAAUGAUGGCUUUCAUCAUUCAUUCAAGUAUUUAUUGAGCACCUACUGGUGGUGCUCGGCACUUGUUACUGCAAGCUACCUUAAUUUUUCAAGCGUGGUGCCUUACUCUCUUCCUUCUGAUGUGGUCUUCCAAUCAGUGUGUAACAUAUCCUGUUAUUCAUCAGCCAUUGUAGGUGGCUGCAUCUGCUCCAUCAUCAUAAGAAGUUUAAGCUUUGCAUUCUGAUAAAUUGUGUUCUAUUGAAGGAGUUAAGAGGAUGAAAAGAGCAAAACGAUGCUGUCAACAAAUUGUAAAUUAAAAGAAAAUAAUUUGUUUAUGUACAACCUUUUAAUAAUUCCUCAUUCAUUUUUGCUGUGAAAACGCACUGAAAAAAUCUCAAAAUGAAUUAUAGUUUAUGUGUUGGAAGAUUGAAAAAUAAUAAAACUUAAGGAGCA